CCCCACCCCCACCCCAACCCCAUACCCAUACACACGCUCCCCAUCUUUCGACGCACACACACAAACCAGCAGCACUAUUUUGACCACUGCCACAGACGCACCACCGAUGCUCUUCUACCUUCGUAUCUCUCUUACCGCCACCACUGCUCUUCCUCUCCGCCAACAGCACCGUCGUUGUGAUUCCAAGCCGAAGAAAAAUACAGUUCUCGAUCGCAAACAACAUUCAACCCCAACUUCCACCAUCACCAUCAUCAUGUUUCUUAGAUCACCCUUCCUGGAACCUAAUAGAAUUCUUAUCAAUUUAGGGCUGUUUGGAUUUGCUUUUAAAGUUAUUUCUGUUUCAACAUUUGAAAUUGGAUGCCCUGCAUUGAGACCACCACUCCUCACUAAUCCAUUUACUCGACUCUCAUUUGGGGUUCUAUUAUUUCAAAAAAGCAGAACCCAACUUAGACCUGUGAAAUCUGUUACAGUUCUCUCGUUUUUUAGUAUUACACCAAGACGAAUGGGCACAUGCAAGAAAGGCUUGAGGAAGAUAUGUGUGGCCAUCAAAAGGAUGCUACACAUCACACCAAAAGCAUUGCCUUCUCCCACAGAUGACACUGCAGAGGGACUCUGA